AUGCAAACACAGAGACUUUUCUUUGAUAUAAUCACGCUCGUUUUGUUGUCGUCGUUUCUUGUGAUGAUCUUUGUCCCACCAACAAUCUUUGAAAAGACACUUGUCCCGCGGCUGAUUCCACGUGACAUCUUUCUUUCCGCGAAAACAGGAAAUUUAACCCUAUCGAGUACCAAAACCCUAGGGACGCUCCUGGAUGGCGCUGUACAUAACACACAAGCGAGAGGACUGACGAAGUUUGCGAUUGGGUUUACGUACUUCUUCUCGAUAGUUGCUGUCCGAACGUAUAAUGAAGACACGGCCAAUUCUAUGGAAAUAGCGCAGAAUUAUGUGUUACGAGGAAGUCCUGUUUUCUCGUAUGUGAUGUCGAUAGGAGGGAUAGUGCUUGCGAACUUUGUGUUUUACGGGAUUAUUAACGCGAUGAUGUCGAUUGUAGCACAAUUCUACCCGAAGCUGGCGGAGGUGAGGAGGUUCUGUAAUAAGUUUGGGUGGUACUUUAGCGCACUGCAGUUAUUUGAUACAUUCAUCCCGUUAGUGCCUGUUUCCCUAUUAAAUGUAGUAUUUGCGUGUAUUGGAGUACCUCUCCACAACUUCCUCUUUUCAGUGAUCCACACGAGUUUACCGGAUUUGUAUGUCAGACACUUUUGGGGCGUUUACUUGAGUGAAAUUGUCGCGUUGAAAUUUGUCGCCGAUUUGCCGUAUUUGUUUGUUGUGUUGUUCUCGAUAGGAGACUGUUUGUUUGCGUGUGUGUUGUUCUCCAUCUAUUUAUUCAACACUGAGGCGGGGACAAUGCCCCCCCAAAAUUAUAGCGUUGACCCACAACACAAUGAGACGAUAAAGAAAGAUACUUUAGUAUUCAAAGACAAGACGACGGAACCAUCUACUCAAUCAAACGAGACUAAACCACUUCUCGAAAAGAAAACUGACUGA